AUGGCGGCAGAUUACAAACAAGUUUUGAGUGAAAUUCAAAAACAAAAUGGUAACAAGAACUGUGUGGACUGUGGAGCACCGAACCCGCAGUGGGCUUCAGUUUCUUUUGGCAUUUUUAUUUGUUUGGAAUGUUCUGGUAUACAUCGAUCAUUUGGAGUUCAUGUUAGUUUUGUUCGUUCAAUCACGAUGGAUAAAUGGUAUGAAGAUCAAAUAAAGAAGAUGAAACUCGGAGGUAACACAGCAUGGCGAGAUUUUUACGAGGCUUCAUCAGAUUAUUAUCCAGAAAUGUCCUUAAAAGACAAAUAUCAUAGUAGUUUUGCAGCAAAUUACCGAGAAAAGUUGACAGCACAAUGUGAAGGAAGAAAAUGGUCAUCUUCAGCUUCAACAUCAAUGAGUCGCCAAUCAAGCCGCCCUUCAUCAAUCAGCGGCAAACGUACGCCUGCUCCAACACCUAAUCGAGUAGAAACAUCAAGCCCUUCUUCAUAUCAAUCAUAUCAAACAAAUAAUAAUAUCAAUGGAACUUUACCGAACGAAACACGUAAUGAAACAUAUUUUGCAAAUCUUGGACGAGCCAAUGAAAAUAGGCCGGAUAAUUUACCGCCAAAUCAAGGUGGAAAAUACACUGGAUUUGGUAACCCUGCAUUUACAAAUGAGCCUUCAUCUACCUCAACGUCCGCCCCGGAUCUGGACGAAUUAAUGAAAAAUCCAGUUGGUGCUUUGGCUAAAGGUUUAAACUUUUUAGGCUACCAUGUUGUAGAAGGUGCUAAAUUGGCAGCGCAAGGUGCGGAAACAUUGGGACAUACCGUCAAUGAACACGUGAUAAAGCCUACUACCGAAAAAGUCAGGGACCCAGAAUUCACUCAACAGAUUUCUGGAUACGUGACAGGAAUUGGUAAAACGGUUACCGAGACUGCAUCUCGUGGAAUUUCAACCAUCUCCACUAGAAGUAAUUCACCAUUAAAUCGUAUUAAUAUUACUAAUACGCGUUCGGCUUCACCAAAGACUUCUGCUAGUUCAACUACAAGGAGAAGAGGGGAGUCGAAAAAAGAUGAUGGGUGGGAGGAUGAAUGGAGUAGUUGGUGA